UUUUUUUUCUUUUCUUUUUUUUUUUUCUUUUUUUUUUUUCAAAAACCCUUUUUUUUGCUGCGUGUUGUUUGUCCAGUUUUGUACAAGAGCAGCAAGAAGGACAUGUCGUUGUUCAAGAAGGCGGUGGCUGGAGACGCGGCGAGUCACGGCAACCUCAACACGAUUGGCGCCGCCUCGUCGGAUCCGACGUCACCAUCACUGCACCAUCGCACCUCGAUGGCGUCACUGUCGUCAAAGGGCAGCAGCUCACAGCUGGACGAUGCGACGAAAGGCGGCGUCCCUCCCAGUCUCGCAAGCGCCGUGGGCGGAUCGAUGCGCAGCCUGGACGGCUCAGAUCCGGAUAUCGCGGCGCGCGGACGCCUGCAAAGCAAGAGCAGCCAGGCGCGCAUCGAAAAGCGAGCGCUCAUGACCCCGUCUGCGACUCGCAAGCGCGGGACGGUCAAGUCGUCCAACAGCUCUGCGUCGCUCACGCCCGGCGGCAAGACGACGGGUUUGACUGUCCGGCGCCAAAAGAAGGCGUUGCACUCUGAACUCGAAAAGAAGAUUGUUCGUGCCAACAAGACGCGUCUUGCUCUGUUCAAGUUUUCCUAUCCGACCAAGGAUCUCGUGUUUCGUGGCAUUCUCAAGGUGCACUGCAAGGAAGGACUGACCGAAAUGGCGUCAAAGUGUAUCCAGGUUACGUCGGAGAACAUUUGCGCCGAUAUUUUGCCAGUGCUUGCCGAAAAGUUCCAGCUCCAGAACGACCCUCUCAAGUACAGCGUGUUCUUUGGCCUCAAUGAGUCGGACGCGCGAUGCCUGGACGACAAUGAAAAUCCGCUGAUGGAGGAGCUGCAGGCAGCUCUGGAUCCGCUCACGAUGGAAAGCAUCUUUUACCUCAAGCACAACCCGUCCAAGAAAAUCACCACCUCGGUUGCUGCACGCGCGGCGCAGGUGGGCGGACUGGUCGCCGACGAUGCACUGGACACGAUGGUCAUCCACGAAGAUGCGACCACAAUGUCGACGCUGACCUCGAUGCGCUCGCGCUACUUCCCUGCGCAGCGUGAUUUGCAAGUGAGCUGCAAGGACUUUAUUGCCAGCAAGCCCGACCUGCGCUCCCAACUCCAGCCCGAAGUGAUUGCACAGCUCACACUGGUGAUUCGGUCAGUCAAGGAUAUUCUGGUUCUUGUCGACACCAUUGUGGCCGGGUUCCAUGCCAAUGUGAAGAGCGGCAUCGCCAAGAACAUGGAGUACCUCUCUGCGUCGCUGGUGCGGCUGGCCAACGCCGGCAAGCGCCUUCUUGCAAACGAACUGAACAACACCAGCGAGGUUGCCAGUGCGCUCGCUCUGAUUGAAGGCUUCCUUCGGGACCUGCCCAGCACGGUGCACAACGCGGCUCUCAUGUCGAAGGUCCUGAUGGUGGCUGGCAUGUGCAACGAACAGUCGGCCGACCGCGUUCCUGUUGCCUUGCUGCACUACCUGAUGCGCUGCAUGGCCGAGGAGCUCAAAAUUGUGGCCGCGGGAGUGAAGGACGCGUACAAGUUUGCCACCGCUGCUGUCGUCGCUGCCUCGGAGCGCAUUGUCGAGGCCGUGGAGCACACGCCUGCCUACGUCCUUUUCGACCCGGCCAAGAAAGGCCGCAUUACGGCCGAGAAGGAGAAGGUCGCCAAGGCUGCCGAGCGGCUCGUGUUUGCCACCAAGAUUGCAUCGGGCAUGUGGCCGACGGACAAUGCUCCGUACGAUGUCGUCUCCACCUGCGUCCUGCUGACAACCCCCAUGAUUGCCUUUUUGCAAGUCGCCAAGGCGGAGGGAGUGUUCAAGGCCAGCACUUACGAUCUCGACCAGCUCCGCGACAUUCAUUUCGACGCAGACAAGCACAUUCAACUGGCCGCCCUUUCGACACCCAGCGAAUCCAACCCCACGUCCCCCAACCCGUCCAACCGCUCUUCCAUGAGCGACGCAGCAGCGGCGGCCAAUCGACUGGUGGUCAGCGAUGCGGAAAUUCUCGAGAACAAUGUCAACUCGGCCAUCAUGGCAAGUUUAAAUGCCUAUGCCGAUGCUGUUCGGCAGGCGACUGCGAGCCUGGUCGAGCUGACAGUGGACAAAAAGACCGAGCAAUACGAAGAGCAUGUUCGCGUUGCUGAGGAAGUCUCGCGGCAGUUCCGCGAAGAGUUGGAAUCCUUGGAAACCUUCCGCAUGGCAGAGUAUGCCCAGCAUGCUGUUGAAAACGGCAAGCGGCCCAUCCACGUCCUUCUUCACGAGGUGCUGCUGACAUGGCGUCUUUGCACAGCCUUCUGGCCCCCGCCGGACGCGAACGAGCGCUUUGUCGCGGCCCUCCGUGCGCUUGCUGCCCACUUGGAUGCGGUGCUCACCCCGUUGCGCGAGUACAUUUCCGACACGACCCGCCGCGUCGAGCUUCACCAGCAGCACAAGCUCGAGCAAGAUCGAAACCGCGAAAAGAUUGCAGAGAUGAACCAGCUGUUCAAUCGCUCCAAGCUCAUUGGCCAGUCCAAGGAUUCGCCGAGUGCCAGCGGUGCCGUGCCUCGUGUCGUUACGGAGGAAGAGUUUAACAACCUCCUCAAAAAGCAGCUCGAUGAACCUGGCAUUGUGUACGAGGACAAGACGCAAAAGACGGUCCGUGGUGGCCCGCUCGACAAGCUCAUCGCCCGUCUGACGUCGCCAAGCAAGCCAGAUCCCGUCUUCCUCGACACGUUCAUUCUGACUUACCACUCCUUCACCACGCCCCAGAAGCUGCUUGACGCGUUGAUUCUGCGAUACGCCGUUGACUUCCCGGUCAACACGCUCUCCGCCGAGCAAAAGGACAUUUACAACAAGCGAAUUAUCAUUCCCAUCCGACUGCGUGUAUUCAACGCCCUCCGUGCGUGGUUGAACAAGUCCUUUGACGAUUUUCUGGAAAAUCCCACGCUUGAAGUGACCUUCUCGCGAUUUACGUCAACCAUGGCGGAUGAUCUCAAAACCGCCUCUACCCAGCUCGAAAAGCUUUUGAAGCGCUACAAGAUUUACGGCCCCGUCAAAGAAGAAACCCGCGCGGCUGCCAAAAACCCGCCAAAGUCCAUUCUUCCAGCAAACUUGGCAUCGUUUACGCUGCUCGACCUGGAUCCCAUGGAAUUGGCGCGCCACAUGGCCAUGAUUGACUUUGAACUUUACAAGAAAAUCCAACCCAAGGACUGUCUCGAUCUGGCCUGGAAUAAGAAGGAGCUGCAGCACAAGGCUCGCAAUCUCUUGGCAACCAUUGAUCGUUUCAGCAAGGUUUUGUCGUGGGUCGUGUUCACAAUACUCUCGGAGAAAGACUUGCAAAAGCGCGUGGCUGUUUUGCGCAUGUUCCUGCGGACUGCCGAGGCCUGUCACGAGAUUCACAACUUUUGCUCGUUGUUUGCCAUCAUGGGUGGCUUGGAGACGGGUCCGAUCCAUCGUCUGAAGAAAACAUGGGAUCUCCUCACCGCCAAAGAGAAGGAAUUGUUUGGAACGCUUUCCACACUUGUCUCCUCGACGUCCAAUCACGCAAAGUAUCGCCAGGAAAUUGAGUCGAUUGAGCCGCCCUGUAUUCCGUUCAUGGGCAUCUACCUGACAGACCUGACCUUCAUCGAGGACGGUAAUCCAGACUACCUGCCCCAGCAGCCGACCGUGAUCAACUUCCGCAAGCGCUCGCAAUAUGCCAACGUGAUCAACCGGCUGCGGCAAUAUCAGCACAUGCCGUACAACUUUGUGCUGGUGCGACAAGUCGGCGCGUUUGUUAGUGAAAUCGCCACGGCCGGAUCCGAGGACGAGUACUAUGAGCUGUCGUUGCAAGUGGAGCCGCGAGAGGCGUCGUGAGUGGACGUGCCGUCUCCUUCCCGACUUUUGGGCUAGACCGCUAGCCAGACUGCGUGUAUUCUGUUUUUGCGUCGGUUUGUUCGGUGAAAGUUGUCGAGCGUUCUUUUCUCCUUUGAUUGAGCUAUUGUGUAUGCUUUCGUUGUGAUAACUUAUUGGGUUUGUGUUGUGUUUUGUUUGUUUGAGCGAAAAAAAAUCUUGUGCAAUUUCGUCGGCAG